CCCCAUUCAAUGUCCAUGUCGCCCCUCCAAUAACAUCACCACCCAUCAUGUCCUCCAAAUCCCGCUGGGCCAACGAGGAUGACCCAGAGACCGAAGCCAUCCUCGCCCAACGCAAGCGCGAAAAGGAGGAGAAACGCCGCGCCAAAGCCGAGAAACAACGACAGCUAGAAGAGCAACAGCAGCAACAGCAGCAACAGCAGCAACAACAUCAACAGUCCACUUCGAAUUACACAGAUGCACCACCACCUUCCAAGCGUCGCCGUCUUUCCAACGACCAUUCCCCCUCGCAUCAACCACAACCAUCCAAACCCAAUCCCGACCGCCCCGAAGAGAACAACCAUUUGCUCGCACUCCCCACCUCCGAAUGGGGCCCGUGUCGCCAUGUCGACAACUUCGAGCGCCUCAACCACAUCGAAGAAGGCAGUUACGGCUUCGUCAGCCGCGCCAGGAACAUCACGACGGGGGAGAUCGUCGCGCUCAAGAAACUCAAGCUGGAGCCCAACUCCCCCGAGGGGUUUCCCGUGACGGGGCUCCGAGAAAUCCAAACGCUAUUCGAAUCGCGACAUCAGAAUAUCAUUGAACUCCGGGAAGUAGUCAUGGGAACGAAGAUGGAUGAAGUCUACCUAGUAAUGCCCUUUCUCGAACACGACCUGAAAACCCUCCUCGACGACAUGCGCGAACCCUUCCUCCCCUCCGAAACCAAAACCCUGCUGCUCCAGAUCAUCUCCGGGCUCGACUUCCUGCACGGGCAGUGGAUCAUGCACCGCGACCUCAAGACCUCGAACCUUCUCCUCAACAACCGCGGUGAGAUCAAGAUCGCCGACUUCGGCAUGGCCCGGUACUUUGGCGACCCGCCGCCUCCGAAACUGACGCAGCUGGUCGUCACGCUCUGGUACCGCUCUCCGGAGCUGCUGCUGGGUGCCGAUAAGUACGGGCCGGAGAUCGAUAUGUGGAGUAUUGGGUGUAUUUUUGGGGAGUUGCUAGGAAAGGAGCCUCUGCUCCAGGGGAAGAAUGAGGUUGAUCAGGUGUCGAAGAUCUUCGCCCUAACCGGUCCCCCAACCAGCCAAACUUGGCCGGAUUUUCGCUCCCUCCCUAAUGCCAAAUCCCUGCGACUCCCACCAUCUUCUUCCCCUGCAACAACUCCAGCCACCCCGCCGCUUCUCCCUCGCGGCAAGUUCCCCUACCUUACCAAUGAAGGGCUGCGGCUGCUCUCAUCCCUUCUGGCGCUGAACCCCACCUCGCGCCCCUCGGCCAAACAAUGCCUGGCCCAUCCGUACUUUCGCGAAGAUCCGCGGCCCAAACCCAAGGAGAUGUUCCCGACCUUCCCGUCCAAGGCGGGCCAGGAGAAGCGGAGGCGGCGUGAAACCCCCGAGGCGCCCAAGCGCGGCCAAGAGGCCCCAAAGUUGGACUUCGCGAGCGUGUUUGGCGGUGCGCCGGCGGCGGGGGAUGGUGCGGAGGCUGGUGCCGGGUUUACCCUGCGCCUGGGAUAGGAUACCGACUCUCCCAAGGGUGAUGGAUGUACUUUUACGAUUGGAUUUGGA